AUGUUGAAUCACGAAGGGCACCUACCCUCAACAAACGCGCCAAUCUCACCGCAUGCGCAAUCAGAGACAUCAAACGCCCCCACAACAAAUGGAAAGGUGAGUGGCGGUAAUAAAACGCAAUAUACAUAUGAAUAUUUGGCUCAGUUGCUGAAGGAUAAAAAACAGCUGGAAGCUUUUCCAAAUGUUUUCCAUCAUCUCGAUCGUCUCGCUGAAGAAGAAAUCAGCAGAGUGCGAGUAUCAUUAUUUCAAUUCGAGUUUGCCAAAGAUGCAAUGUCAAAUUUACCAGAACCGGAGGGUGAAGUUACCACUAUGACUGAAAAAAUAUUUGUUCCUGUAAAGGAACAUCCGGAUUAUAAUUUUGUCGGAAGGAUAUUGGGCCCACGUGGUAUGACGGCCAAACAGUUAGAACAAGAAACUGGAUGUAAAAUAAUGGUCCGCGGCAAGGGUUCGAUGCGCGAUAAAGCUAAGGAGGAAGCAAACCGUGGAAAACCCAACUGGGAACAUUUAUCAGAAGAGUUACAUGUUCUGAUACAAUGCGAAGAUACACCCAAUCGUGCAUUGUUAAAACUGAAACGAGCUGCAGCUGAAGUAAAAAAGUUACUUGUACCUUCAUCAGAUGAUGAUGAGCUGAAGCGUAAACAACUAAUGGAAUUAGCAAUUAUUAAUGGAACUUACCGAUCCGGAAGUGUUAACCAAACAGCUGCUGCACAAGCUGCAGCUGCAGCUGCAGUCAAUAAAAAUUCGCUGGCUGCUUUACAAGCCCGUCUGAUGACACCGCUACCUCUUGCUGCUACACAGCCGAAUAAUCUCCGGUCACCUGGGUUGACAGGAGCACCAAUUAUUCUGUCUCCUUCACGUGGUGCUGCACCUACCGCUGCAACCGCAGCGGCUGCAGCACUCGCAGCACAGCUGCAAGCGGUAGCAACUCAGCAACAAAAUGUUGCAGCUGCAUUCACUCAACAAGGACCAGUAGCUGCGUUGCCAGCACAAUUAUUGCAGAAUCCGGCAUUGGCGCAAAAUGAAUAUGGACAGCUGUACCUCAGUUCAUUAUCAUACGAUCCGUCGGGUGCAGCAGGUUAUGGGGCACCAGUAAGCAGCACUGCCGCUACUCUUCAGGCUCAGGCUCAGGCUCAGGCUCACCAACAACAGCAGUAUGCAGCUGCAGCUGCGGCUGCCAUGCUUGGUGCCAAUGCAUAUAUCGGCGAUUACACAUCAGUCGAUAUAUCGCAUGCCGGUGCAAUGCUGUGUAAUCAACGACGUGUACUUGGUCAAUCCAGGGACCACCCAUAUGGUAGUGGAAAAUCAACUACAUAA